AUGCCUGCCUCCAUCUCCAUGUCCAAGAUUCUCUCGCUGCCACCCUUCUCCACGUCGCUCCGCUUCCUCCACCGUAACGCGAUACCAGUAGCCUUCGCUCGGAACCCCGGCGCCCCGCCACGGAGUUUGAGGUCAAGCAACCGCUUCGCCGGAAGCUGCCACACCGGCGCGAGCUCCGGAACUAGCCUGGCCGGUUCUGGCGGCGAGGGUGCUGCUGCCGGAGGAUACGAAGAUGGCAGCCUUCCGUUCGUCAAUCUGUCCUCGGAUAUCCUCCGGGCCGAGCUGAGCUUACUCAAGGACGAAGAGGCGCCAUCCCCUCUCCUGACCACACUGCCGUCUCUGCAGAAAGGAAACAUCAGAGAGGAGCACUUAGAAUCAACCUCAGCUUACCCAUCCGCCCUGAAUGCUCUGUACGCGGCCUGUCUUGCCGGAAACGCGACCGAGCACCUAUGGAACUUUACCUGGCCUGCCGCCAUCGCCACGCUCCAUCAGAGCCUCCUCCCUGUUGCCGUUCUCGGAUUCUUCACAAAGUUCCUAACUGGAGUGCUGGAAAUCGAUGCACAGCUCGUCGUCUUCAUUGCAGGUCCGUUGGUCGGGGACCUCGUGAGCUCUCUCCCUCAGAUUCCCGCUUACCGCUCUCUGACUGUAAUUCAGACAGUGGCGCAUUUGGUGUCAGCGGCGAUGAUCAUGCACGCUUUCACCCUCCCGAGAGCGUCCACCGCACUGGAGCUGCUCAUGCGGCCAUGGUUUGCUGUGCUGGUGGCGUCCACAGCCGUCGACAGGCUCUCCUGCGUGUCGCUUGGCAUCAUCGCAGAGCGUGAUUUCGUCGUGCAGCUCGCAGGGCUAGGCAGGCCGGUCGCGCUAGCGCAGGCGAAUGCUACGCUCAGCAGAGUCGAUCUGAUCUGCGAGACAGCAGGAGCAUCAAUCUUUGCAUUCCUGCUUUCCAGAAACGACCCGCUGACCUGCAUCAAGCUCUCUUGCCUCAUAUCGCUCUCUGCUUUGCCUGUUCAUAUUUUUCUUGUAGGAGCAAUGAAUAGAUUUGCCGAUGGCAUCUUCGAUCACCAUGAGCACAGAAGACCCCCAAACGCUGCUGCUAGUUUGGACAUCCGGAUGAUAGUGGUAGAUGCUUGGGUCACCAUCAGAAACGGCUGGACAGAGUACAUCAGCCAGCCGGUCCUCCCAGCGAGCCUCGCCUACGUGCUCGUCUGCUUCAACGUUGCUCUCGCCCCCGGUGCUCUGAUGACCACGUUCUUGAUCCAUAACGGGGUGAGCCCGCUGGUCCUUGGCGCAUUCGGCGGCUCAUCGGCACUGAUGGGGAUCCUCGCGACGUUCAUGACACCGAGCCUCGUCAAGGAGCUUGGCAUCCUCAAGGCCGGAGCGGCUGGGCUGCUCGCCCAGAGCGCGCUCCUCGGAAUGGCAGUCCUGGUCUACCUGAGCGGCUCCAUCUCUCGGCAAGGCACCCUCUUCAUCUUCCUCGGUCUGAUAGUGGCGUCGCGGCUGGGGCACAUGGCGUACAGCGUGAUCGGUCUUCAGGUGGUACAGACCGGGAACCCCAUAGGAAAGGCGAAGCUGAUCGGCGCCACAGAGAUCGCCGUUGCCAGCCUCGCAGAACUUGGGAUGAUGGCGGUGGCGGUCGCCGCUAAGGACGUCUCACGUUUCGGUGCUGUCGCCGUGCUCUCGGCCGCCGCUGUCGUUGCAGCCGCCUGCCUGUACUGUGGCUGGUUAGCCAACGCCACCCACGAGCUGAAAACGCUUUUCCGCUACGGCGAUGGCGAGUGAGCUCGGCGUACUGGCUCAAAAUGAGGAUUGUCCGUACUCACUCAGGGUUUUUCGUCUCGAAAAAUGAGUCUCGUUUUUUGCUAGAGGCUGAAACAGGCCAAGAUUAUCUUUGAAAAGGAAAGGGUAAAUACAUAGAAUCCACAUGUCAUGAUUCAUUGAACAGGAAACCAGAAACAGCAUGACUUUGCAUGCUCUGCAAGUUUGUACCAUUUUGAUAGAUAAGGUGAAUGACAUAAAUACAAUUUACCACGAGAGUACCUCUUCGCCAUGAAUCCUAUGCAGUUGAUUGCCA